AAUUGCGAGGACACAAAGGCCAACUCUUUUUCUUAGGGUCACUCAUCUUUCUCACUCUCUCCCAACUGAUAAGGAGGUGCAAAGAGAACUCUCUCUGUCUCUCUAUAUAUUUAUACGUAUGCGUGGGCUUCUUGGAUCCACUCAAUUGCUAUUCCAACUUGUGCCUCAUGUUAAAACGGAAGCUUUCCAUUCCCAGUGGCCCCAUUUGAUUGUUUUUACAGAGUUUUCUUCAUUACCCACAGCUGUUUUAAUGACUAUUUUCUUGCUGGUGUUUGGUUUCUGAGAAAAUUUUGGUGAUUUUCCAUUCUGCGUUUUUGAGCUUUGGUGAUUUUGUUUCUGGGUUAUUGAGCUUUGGUGAUUUUGGCUUCUGGGUUUUGGUUAGAAUGAUGUCAAUGACAUGCCACACUCUUGAUGCGAGAGCUGUGAUGGAUUUUGUGGCUUGUGGGUGUUCUUCCAAUGCUUUGUUGGACCGUUAUUCGGUGAGGAAUUACUCGAAGGCGAAUCCCAAGGGCAGUUGUAGAGGUUAUGGAGCUCGUCGGAAUCGAAUUCGGUGUGGAGUUUCUUCAAUGACAACAGCUGAGACUCCAAUACCAAAGAAGGCAGAUAAUGCUCUGCUGAAUGGUGCGCCUGAAGGUCUUCCACAGGUUUUAAAUUUAAAGAAAGAAUCCAGAAAGCCGGUUUCGCUGACAAAUUUGUUUGAAAUUGUUGCUGAUGACCUCCUCACAUUAAAUCAAAAUCUUCAGUCUAUUGUUGGUGCAGAAAACCCCGUCUUAAUGUCAGCUGCUGAGCAGAUCUUUGGUGCCGGUGGGAAGAGGAUGAGACCCGCAUUGGUGUUUCUAGUGUCCAGAGCAACAGCAGAACUAGUUGGAUUGAAGGAACUUACCAAAGAGCAUCGGCGAUUGGCAGAGAUCAUCGAAAUGAUCCAUACAGCAAGCUUGAUACAUGAUGAUGUUUUGGAUGAAAGUGACAUGCGACGAGGGAAGGAAACUGUUCAUCAAAUGUUCGGUACAAGAGUGGCAGUGCUUGCUGGGGACUUCAUGUUUGCACAGUCAUCAUGGUAUCUUGCAAAUCUAGAAAACAUUCAGGUCAUCAAGCUCAUCAGCCAGGUUAUCAAAGAUUUUGCAAGUGGUGAAAUAAAGCAGGCAUCUAGCUUGUUUGAUUGUGACGUCGAACUUGAGGAGUACUUGCUUAAGAGCUACUACAAAACAGCCUCCUUAAUCGCUGCAAGUACCAAAGGAGCUGCCAUUUUUAGUGGGGUUGACAACUAUGUAAUGGAGAAAAUGUACGACUAUGGCAAGAAUCUUGGGCUGUCCUUCCAAGUUGUUGAUGACAUAUUGGAUUUCACACAGUCGGCGGAGCAGCUGGGGAAGCCUGCUGGAACUGACCUUGCCAAAGGAAACCUGACAGCCCCGGUUAUAUUUGCUUUGAAGAAAGAACCAAAACUAAGAGACAUAAUUGAAUCAGAAUUCAGCGAGACUGGUUCCCUCGACGAAGCCAUUGCAUUGGUUAAGGCUUGUGGGGGGAUUGAACAAGCACAAGAAUUAGCGAAAGAGAAAGCUCAUCUUGCAAUACAAAAUCUCGAGUGUCUUCCCAAGACUGCUUUUCGGUUAGCGCUGGAGGAUAUGGUGAUGUUCAAUCUUCAACGGAUUGAUUAGCGGGCUAAUUUUUUUGGAUAGCGAGUAUAGACAAGCACUCUUCAGGCAGAAGGAAGAAAGGCUAAAGAUUGAAAGCGUCUACCGCUGCAAGCACUUUUCUGCACAUGUACAAAAGUGCUUCUGCCAGUGAUGACAAGCUGAUAGCCACUGCUUCUAGUGUUGAUUUAGUUAUACAUUCUUCAUAACAAUGAAAUUGAUACUUCACCAUUGUUGUACAAUAAAAUUCUGAGGUCAUCAAUAAUCUUCACCAAUAUAUUUUUACUGUUUGCUAUCUUGUUGAUGCUUUGAACUCCAACGACUUACGCAUUUUGUGUAUCGUUUGAACUAA